AAUUGCAAUUUACCUUAAUUCUUUUUAGUCAAUGGUGAUAUACUUUUCCCAAUUUCAUUAGACUUGGACCAGCCCAAACACCCAUCCAUUGCACGUAUCACCAUAAACCCACCAUCGGACACAAGAGCACAAUUCAAGGCCAGCGAAAACAGGUUCCGAUUCUCUUCUCGCGAUUUUGCAAUGAUCUGCACAAUUUUUAAUUUUUUGAGACAGUUUCUCUAAAAAAAUUGAUUUUUUAUGUAUGAGGUUGCAAAUUGCUGCAGUACUUGUUCCCUGAAACCCAAACCAGUAUCCACAAUAAACUAUAGAGUUCCUUCGCUCACACAAUAUUCGCCCUUUUCAAUUUGAAAUUGAGGGGAAGACGUUUUAAAUAUGGAUUUUCUCAUAAAUAAGGGUUGGUGUCAAGUAAAUAUGGUUUACCGCACAAUAGCUGCAAAGGCUCUUUUACACGUGGCUAUGCAUUACGGAAGAGUGGCACAACCUUCCCUUGACUAGAAGAACCUCAAUCUUCAACAAUCUGCCAAUUAAUUGAGUAAAUAACUCAGGAAUAAAUAUGGCUACUAGACGUGUUCGUUACUCCCCUCUUGCCACGGAUGAGGAUGAUUAUAUUGGUGAUAGGAAUAGACCUUUUGACCCACGAUUUGAUUAUACACCGAAAGCCUUGGAUAAAGUUCCCUGGAAAUCAAUUGCUCUGGCACUGUUCCUGUUAUUCCUUGGUACAGGACUUUUGUUCCUUUCAUACUUUAUCUUCACUGGUCAUAUGGGGGGAGAAAAGUCUCAAGCAUAUGGCCUUUUAGCCCUAGGGUUCCUUAGCUUUCUCCCAGGUUUUUAUGAGACUCGAAUUGCAUAUUAUGCAUGGAGGGGUGCUAAAGGAUACCGCUUUUCUGCCAUCCCUGAUUAUUAGAGUGUGACGGUAAAUGAGAAAUAGAGCUAUCUAUACCGUGAAAACAUAGUAAUGAUCAAAUUCGGUUGCAACUUGUAUGCUUCAAUGGCAAAGAUGGAACAAAAUGGUAGAAAAGUGUAAUCGUACUUGAUACUUAAGUAGUUAAUUAGGUAACAAAAUUUAGAAAAAUGAUGCAUUAAAGUUUGAGGUUAGAAAAAUAAGCUUAAAUUGUAUCGUGAAAUUGUUUCUUUUAGGCAAUAUUAUUGCCUUUGUGCCUGUUUUGUUCCCUUAAACUCGUGAUUGACGUUUGGUUGUGACAAGGUUUGCUAAGGAUAGUCUUUUAGAAUGACCCUCGCACAAUUUUAUUGAACUA